AUGGCACCCUCUUUGCAUCCAUUAGACCCCUUGACGCCGAGGGAGAUUUCCAAGGCAGCAGACAUUGUCCGCCAUGCGCUUCCUGGAGAAAACCCCAAUUUCCGUUUUAUCACCCUGAAGGAGCCACAGAAGCAGGAUAUGAUCCAGUUCCUAGAGCGGGAACAUUGCCAUCUACCCCUGUACGCACAUCCUCCAAGGGUCGCUCGCGUCCAGGUGGUAGUUCAGGGUUCGGGUUCGACCAAUUUAGUGGAGCUCCUGGUAGACCUCGACAGUUCUACCAUCAUCAAGCAAGACGAUCUUGUGGGGAAGCAUUCUUACAUUGACUCCGCCUACAUGCAAUCGGUGGAGAAGGCAUGUAUGGCAGACGAGAGAGUCCAGCAGGAGAUCCAGAAGCUCGAUCUACCUAUAGGAGCUUCCGUUAUUGUUGAACCAUGGGCCUACGCAACAGACGGAAUGAACGAUAUGUCAGACCGAACCACAAUGUGUUGGUUUUACAUGCGUCUUAUCGACAAUCCGGAUGCCAAUUAUUACGCCUACCCCCUUGAUUUAUGUGCAGAGGUGUCAGAGCAUCUCAAAGUGACCAAAGUCUAUCGGCUUCCCUCAUCUAAGAAUGAUCGUAUCCACAACGAUUCGCAGCCAUACGAUCACCGGAAAGUCCAUUCCAUAGAGGCCAGCGAAUACCAUCCUAGCCUGCGGCCACCGCCACGCACUACUACAAAGCCUUAUCAAGUAGUGCAGCCCGAAGGCCCUUCCUUUCAAACACAAGGCAAUCUCGUAUCGUGGGAAAAAUGGUCCAUGCGCGUAGGAUUCAAUUAUCGAGAGGGGCUGACUCUCCAUGAUAUCCGCUACGACGGCCGGAGUGCCUUCUAUCGCCUGGCUUUGGCGGAAAUGUUUGUACCAUACGGGGAUCCACGAGCUCCAUAUCCCCGUAAAGGAGCUUUUGACCUGGGCAAUGACGGCGCCGGAAUCAAUGCUAACAAUUUGCGGCUUGGAUGCGACUGCUUGGGUCAUAUCAAGUAUUUCGAUGGCUGGCACAAUACUGCUUCGGGCGAGCCCCUAAAGCUCCCCAACGUAGUUUGCUGCCAUGAACAGGAUGAUGGGAUUCUAUGGAAACACACCAACUUCCGUACACAGAACGCGGUGGUGACCCGGUCACGGAUCCUGGUUUUGCAGACAAUUAUUACAGUCAGCAACUACGAGUAUAUCUUUGCAUUCCAUUUUGGGCAGGAUGCAUCCAUCCACUAUGAGGUCCGUGCGACGGGGAUUCUGUCCACCUGCCCUAUAAAUCUCGAUGACAAGGUACCGUAUGGCACAGUUGUUGCGCCAGGCGUGUUGGCACCCUAUCAUCAACAUCUAUUCAGUCUUCGCAUCGAUCCCGCUAUCGACGGACAUGCCAACUCCCUUCAAGUGGAGGAGUCCCACGCCAUGCCUGUCAACAACCCAUCGAUUUAUAACCCGUUCGGGGUGGGAUACACAACAAGUUCCAGCAUCAUCGAGCAUGAACAAGGCCUUGAUCUUGAUUUCAGGAAGAACCGCACCUUCAAGAUUAUCAACGAGCAGAAGGUGAACCCGAUUACCGGCACGCCUGUUGGAUUUAAGCUUCUGCCAUGUUAUAGUCAAAUGCUACUCGCGCACCCAUCAUCCUACCACGCAAAACGCUCCGAAUUCGGCAAUCAUGCCAUUUGGGUGACCCGCUACCAUGACGAUGAGCUAUUUCCGUCCGGUCGCCAUACGAUGCAAUCUCUCGGCGGCGAGGGGAUCGCGUCAGCGAUCCAACGCCGCCAGGGGACAUCUAUACGCAAUGAGGACAUCGUGAUAUGGCAUACGUUCGGGUCCACACAUAACCCCCGCAUUGAGGACUGGCCGGUCAUGCCGUGCGAGAAGAUGAUUGUUGGUCUUAAGCCGGUCAAUUUUUUCACUUCCAAUCCGGGACUGGAUGUAGCAGUGUCGACACAAGAGAAGAAUCGAAGUGUACUAGUUAAGGGUGACGAGGGCUCUGCUUGCUGUAAACUGUGA